UCCAGUCAGUUACAUAACAUCCAAUUUUAUUGUAGUAGAAGAUCUUUAUUUUUAUCCGGUAUGUAAAAAGGUUUACUUUUUUUCCCCAGCAGUACUUGAACCUUACUGUUUUGGAUAUAGCCUUCCCUAAGCAUAGGAGUUUGCCAGUGGUUGCUUCCCCCCAGUCUGCCAGCCACCUUCCAAAGGUCUCAUUGCCUUGUUGUGGAGUAGUGACUCAUUGUCACCUGAUCCCGUUGACAGCUGUGGCUUUGCCCUGCACCCUUUACUGAGACAAAAAUGGCAGCUGGGAUUCCAUUGGGGUCAUGUGACCUACUAAGAAUAGCCUUGUAGGCUCAGGACGGGGGGUGAUGUCAGAAAGAAGUCAAGAGCUGGACAGGCAAACUAGGAAAAGAAAAGCAAGUUUGGUGGACAGGGAAAUUCCCCAAGUGGAAAUAAAACAGGAAGAGGCCAAGGUGUGAAAGCCAGGAAGAAGAGAGGGAAAGAGGCCAGCACUGCCAAGGCAGGGGAGCUGGAACAGGCAGGCAGAGCAAGGGAGCAGAGAUUGGUGAGGCAGGCAUUGGGGAAGCUGAGGGGGUCAUCCAUCAAGCCCAUUGGAGUGUGCUGUGGGCAAGUAUUGGUGCUGCGGGGAUGAACUUUGCCGUGGGCUUCAAGCCGAUGCUGGGGACUUCACAGAGCAUGGACAGCCUGGAGAAGCAGCUUAUCUGUCCCAUCUGCUUGGAGAUGUUCACCAAACCAGUGGUCAUCCUGCCCUGCCAACACAACCUCUGUCGCAAGUGUGCCAACGACAUCUUUCAGGCCUCCAACCCCCUGUGGCAAUCUCGUGGAUCUACUUCAGUGUCCUCAGGAGGCCGAUUCCGGUGCCCAUCCUGUCGGCAUGAAGUGGUGCUGGACCGGCAUGGAGUUUAUGGCCUGCAACGCAACCUUUUGGUGGAAAACAUAAUUGAUAUCUACAAGCAAGAAUCCUCUCGGCCUCUCCAUGCCAAGGCAGAGCAGCAGCUGAUGUGUGAAGAACAUGAAGAUGAAAAGAUCAACAUCUACUGCUUGACCUGUGAGGUUCCAACCUGUUCCAUGUGCAAAGUCUUCGGGGCCCACAAAGACUGUGAAGUGGCUCCUCUGACCAACGUUUAUAAGCGCCAAAAGGGAGAGCUGAGUGAUGGCAUUGCCAUGUUAGUGGCAGGGAACGACCGUAUCCAGGCCAUCAUCACCCAGAUGGAAGAGAUCUGUAAAACCAUUGAGGAUAAUGCCCGGCGACAGAAGCAGCAUCUUUGUCUGCGCUUUGACUCUUUGUACAGCAUCCUGGAGGAGCGCAAAAAAGAGCUGUUGCAAGAAAUUGGACGAGAGCAGGAGGAAAAACUCCAAAGGGUGCGGGGGCUCAUCCGGCAAUAUGGAGACCACCUUGAGGUCUCCUCCAAGCUGGUUGAGUCAGCCAUCCAGUCCAUGGAGGAACCCCAGAUGGCUAUCUAUCUCCAGCAGUCAAAGGAGCUGAUCAAAAAGAUCACAGACAUGUCCAAGGUAUCCAUGAGCAGCCGGCCUGAGCCUGGCUAUGAAAACAUGGACCACUUCUCUGUCAGUGUAGAUCACGUUGCUGAAAUGCUGAGAACUAUUGAAUUCCAGACAGAUAUUUCGGGGGAGGAAACUGAGCCUGAAGGAAUUAGCCCAGAAGCUGGUGAAGCUGGAGAAGAAGAACAUCCAGAAGGAUCAGAGGCUCCUGAAGGAAUAGAAGAUGGAGAGAACCUGUCUCGCUUCAGGCCAAAGCCAUCUAGUGCACCUCGGGCAGGCCAGCACUGAAGAGUCACUUUGAAGACAGAAGCAGCUGGAGAAGUGCUCCAGGCAGCCCCAUCCCACACCUCUUCCCCUCCAGCAGAAGGUUUUUCUUGCUUCCCACUAAGCUUUCCAUACAUCAUUUCCUUGCCCUAUGCUCCUCUUCUCCCCAUACUGUUUGGCUUUUUAAUCUGUGGAGAUAAUAAAGUUGUGACUUCUUU